UUCUCCUCUCCUCUCCCUCUCUCUCUCCCGAGCUGCCACACGUUUGUUUGUCACUUUGUCGUUCAAAAUAAAUACACCUCUCAUCCGCUGCACCCCUUCUUCCUUCGAAUCUCUCUCUCUCUCUCAAAUCCCAUCACUGUCUUAACUAAUUCCAACCCCGUUUUGUAGGAACCUAAACAAAGCAAACCAACCCUUCUCUUCCUUUUUCCCUUGAAAUCAAAUUAAGCAAAUUCAUCAUAAGGCCAAACUUGCACCGCCGCAAGUCGCUGAGCUCCAUCCAUUUUCGGGCGGGCGUCCGGCAUCACCUUUACAACUCCAACGCUACCUGUCACUCCAGCUCGGCCAAUCCCAUUUUCACAUACCUGUCCCCGGUAUUACCCCUUCUUCCUCACUCUUUUUCUUCCUUCCAUGGAAGAGGCCCCAAUUUCAAUCUUGCCGACUCUUUGACCCUUUUCCCUGCGGAAGGGUCUCCGGCGAUCCCUGAGCAAGGAAUUGAAUUCAUCCUCCUCCCUCCUCCUCUUUUCCUUCCUUGUUCAGGAUCCAGACCCUUGAUUCCCCCAAAACCCAAAGCUUACUUCUUUCUCUUUCUUCUUCGAGAUUCUGAUUAAUUCUGAAUCAACGAGUUUUGGAUAUCCAAGAAUCUCCGGCCGUUUCCCAAUCCAAUAUCGAAAACCCAGAUCAGAACUCGCUCAUUUCCCGUCGGAAACUGCCCCAAUCAAACACUCGAGGCAUUUUGUCGACCACCAUGUCGUCCCGGCACGUCUUCCUCCGGCAAGCCUCCUCCGGGAACCGCCGGCGGCCUCUGCUCAAAACCCACGUCACCGACUGCAAGGACCGUGUGGCCGAAGUCGCCGGCGGGACCGCCGCCGAGUGCGCUGCCGUGUGUUGCUGCUGCCCGUGUGGGCUGGUCAAUCUGCUAGUCCUGGUAAUCUACAAGGUCCCGGUAAGGCUCUGCCGCCGCGUCAUGAGGAAGAACCGCCGGCAGAGGCUCAUCAAGAAAGGGCUUCUUCCGCCGCGCCACGUGCAAUGCACGUGCGGCUGCGACGGCCUGGAGCUGCAGUUCCACCCGGUCGGGUUCGAGUCCCUGACGUCGGAGUUCAAGGCGGUGCAGAAGUUGGUGAUGGAAGAGGAGUCGUCUGACGAGGAUGUGAUUCAGCUCGAGAAGGAGAUGUGGGAUCGGUUUUACGGCACUGGAUUUUGGAGAAGCCCAACUCAGAGAGAAACUCCCUCCAUCUCCAACUCCAACUCCAACUCCAACUCCAAGAUGAUCACCGGUAUAUAAUUACCCCAAUUGUUACCUGUCCCAAGUUAAAAAGCUUUUCAAUCGGUUUCCUAUCUUCACCUGGAAUCAAAUUCUUCUACAUAUGAGUGGUGUUUAUUUCUGUUUUGGGUUCGUUUUGGUUUUUGCUAAGAGGGUCUCUUCUUCUGGAAUCAAAUGUAUAUAGGAGGGAGCUGUGUGAAUGGUUUUCGGGUUGAGUUAGGAAUUGGUCUUGAAAAUUGUUGAUAGAGGCUGUUUGACUUUGGGGCUAUGAGAGUGUUGAAGGUUUCAAAGAUUAUAAUGAAAAUGGAUUCUAUUGCCGA